AUUUUCUGGUCAUUGUUGUUUCAAUAUCACUAGCUAGCUUUUGAAGUAGCUUCCCAAAACAACUAAAAAAAAAAAAAAAACUCUUGAAGUAGUAUCUAGUCCUAAAAAGAUCUCAUUUUUAAAUUGGUUUUUUUUUCUUUGAUCAUCAUACUAUUCUUAAUUUUCAAAGAUAAUUUUCACUGAGAAAAUUAAUUGGGUUUUGUUUAUUUAUUUUUCCCUAGUGGCCUUUUAUUGUAAUUAAAAUUUCCACCUUUUUUUUUCCAGCUCUGGUUUAGGAAGUUGUAGGUUCACCAUGUGAACUCUGCUAAUCGGUUUUCUUUUCUCUCUUUUUGUUUUCCCAAUUCUUUUCUCUCUACUUUAAGCCUUUUUUCUUCUUCUGCUGUGUGUCUUUUUAUGAUUUGCAACUGGUUGUCAUCAUACUACCAAUAUUGACCAUGUAUUACUUUUUCUCAAUUUCUUCUUUCUUUUGGAAGUAUUCUUCUUUUCUCAAUUAUUUUACUUCUUUUUUAUACAAUAAUGUUCGGGUUUUUUCUUUACAAUAUGCCUUUUCAUCCUGUUUAAUUUAUAAUAUGCCUGUAAUUUUAAUCUUUUUAAGCAUUUUUCUGUUCUCCCAUCAGUUUUAUUCUUUCAAAUCAAACCAAAAUUUAAUAAACAUAAAGCAUAUACAUUGUUAAACAAAUGUAUUCGCAAAUUAAGGCUCUUUUGCAAAUGGCUUAUGGGUCAAAAGUUGCGUGCUUUCUUUAUUUUUUUUUUAAUAAACAAAUGUUCUCAUUGAUAUAACUUAUUAAUGAUUUAAAGCUUGAGUUUUUUGCGUUUGUGGAGAAGUUAUACAGAAGUUUGAAAAGAAUCUCCAUUUCUUACUUCAGUUGUGCAACUUUAAAAUGUUCUCUCCCCAUCUCUAUGACCUGAUAAUUAAGAAAAGCACCCAAGCUGGGAAAUCCUUAUGAAUCUGGUGAGAAAUACAGAAGGAUACCAUUGUGAUCUGCAUUUUGAUUCAGGCCUAAAGAAUUCCUAGAGUGAAAGUGAAAAGGGAAGCAAAAGUGAGAGAUGGGAUGUUCCACAUCAAAGCUGGAUGAUGAAGAAGCAGUUCAGCUUUGUAAAGAUCGAAAGAGAUUCAUCAAACAGGCGGUUGAGCACAGAAGCCGAUUUGCCUCUAGACACUUAGCCUAUAUCCAGUCCUUAAAAAGAGUUUCAGCUGCUCUUCGUGAUUAUAUCGAAGGAGAUGAGCCUCGUGAGUUCUUAUUAGAUUCAUUCAUAACCCCACCUUUCACACCUAUAAAGAAAACUAGUCCUGGUUUUAUCACAAUUUCAUCCAAGUCCUUAUCCGGAACACCAAUUCAGUCUCGGCCUAAUUCACGUUUGAAAGUAAAUUACCUAAGGUCAGGUGGGGAGCCAGCUGUGUUGGUUGAGGAGAGACCUCAAUCACCAGAGACUGUCAGAGUUGAAACUUAUUCUCCAAUGCACCAUUAUGGGAUUGAUGGAUUUUUCGCGUCACAAUCCUCACCAAUGAAUCCUUCAAUCUUCUCUUAUUCCCCUAACAAUAGACCCAAUAUUCCUCCAGCUUCACCUCAAACAUCCCAAUGGGAUUUUUUUUGGAAUCCAUUUUCAUCAUUGGACUACUAUGGCUACCCUACACGUAAUAGUCUCGACCAGACAGUCAUGGAUGAUGACAUUAGAGGCCUAAGGCAGGUUCGAGAAGAAGAAGGGAUUCCAGAUUUAGAAGAGGAAACUGAGCUAGAAGAAUCUGAUAAUAAAGUAAAUGUGACAGAAGAAAGAGCUAAAGUUGAUCGAAAUUGCACUAGAGAAGAGGUUAUUGUUGAAGAUAUUGAUGAGGAUGACGAUGAUGAUGAUGAUGAGGAUGAGGAGGAAGCAACAGAUAGUGAAGAUGAAACUGACCAUGAUGUGCAAGGCUUACAAUCAUCACAUCGCACAAGCAUAGAGGUAGCAAAAGCUCGAGCGGCAAGACAGGUUAGAACUAGUAAUCAAGAAACGGCAGUAGAUAAUCAAGAAGCCAAGGAAGAAACACCGGGUUUUACUGUUUAUGUUAACCGCAGGCCAACAAGUAUGGCAGAAGUUGUUAAGGAUCUUGAAACUCAAUUCAAUAUAAUUUGUGAUUCAGCCACUGCCGUUUCAGCAAUAUUAGAGGCUAGCAGAGCUCAGUAUUCGUCAACUUCCAAUGAACUCUCAGCGAUGAAAAUGUUGAAUCCGGUAGCUUUGUUUCGAUCAGCUUCAUCUCGCUCUUCCUCCUCAAGAUUUUUAGCUAAUUCUUCGGGCUCUAAAGAUGAAGGUUAUGAAAGCAAUAGUGACUUCUCUGAUGAAAACUCCAUGUUUUCAGGUAGUCACCAAUCAACAUUGGACAGAUUAUAUGCAUGGGAAAAGAAACUCUAUGAUGAAGUCCGGUCUGGAGAAAAGGUUCGAAUUGCAUAUGAGAAGAAAUGUAACCAACUUAGGAACCAAGAUGUGAAAGGAGAUGACCCCUCUGUAGUUGAUAAAACAAGGGUAUCCAUUAGAGAUCUGCAUACCCAGAUAAAGGUUUCGAUACACUCAGUUGAAGCUGUUUCUAAGCGGAUUGAAACUUUGAGGGAUGAAGAACUGCAGCCUCAACUUUUUGAAUUGGUACAAGGGUUAGCGAGUAUGUGGAAAGUAAUGGCAGAGUGUCAUCAGUCACAGAAGCGGACAUUAGAUGAAGCCAAGCUGUUACUAGCUGGUACACCUUCAAAAAAACACUCUUCCAUGUCAGUAACAACGGAGCCACAGCACCUUGCCCGUUCAGCUAUCAAUCUUGAGUCAGAACUCAGAAAUUGGCGAAACUGUUUUGAACAAUGGAUCACUUCUCAACGAUCCUAUGUAAAUGCACUAACUGGCUGGCUCCUCAGGUGUGUCCGGUCCGAUCCUGACACCUCAAGGGCACCAUUCUCUCCUCGUCGAUCCAGUGUAUGCCUUCCAAUAUUUGGACCAUGCAUCCAAUGGUCAAAUUUUCUUGAUAACAUCCAUGAAACAAAAGUGCUAGAUGGACUAGAUUUUUUUGCAGCAGGGAUGGGGUCUCUCUAUGCUCAACAGUUAAGAGAAGAUUCUCGUCGUACACCAAUUGGAUCAAAGAGAUUCGGAGCUGGGUUAUCUGAGGAUUCUGGGGGGAACAUGGAAAUGGUAGAGGUUGGUCAAGUAGAUGUGGUAAUGAAUGCAGAGAAAAUGGCUGAAGUUGCAAUAAAGGUACUUUGUGCUGGAAUGUCAGUUGCUAUGAGCUCACUGACAGAAUUUGCUUCUUGUUCUGCUGAAGGGUAUGCUGAACUUGUUCAGCAAUGGGAGAAAAAAACCAAGUUGCCGCACAGUUCGAGCGGUGCUCAUAUGUAAUUUAUGGUUUUUUUUUUUUUUUUUCCCCUGUUCUUUUAGGUACUGACCAAUAUCAAUCAAGUUUUUACUUGUAUAGAGUAAUUGGCAUCCCCCAUGUCUCUAAUUUAUUUUAGUCCAUGUAGUUUCUUGACGAACAAGGAAAAGAGGAAAUAGAUAAUCUAAAACUAGAAGACUAUUUUGUAUUUGGGAUUGGGAAGAGUUGUAAAAUGUAAAUUCCAGAAAAU